UUUUUUUUUUUCUUGACACAGAAUAAUAUUUCUGGGUUUCACUAUAAGUUUUUUUUUAUUUUUAAUUUUUUCAUUUAUCCUAUCGGACACUCUUCACUUUAUUACACCCACACAACAAACAGCAGCGACAGACAUUCAUAGAAAACAGACAGAUAAAAUGAGCACUAUCUCUGCCAACGCUCAGCACGCUCCCGUCAGCAUGUUCCGCUCUGUUUCAACAGACUCAUCCUCAUCAUCGAUGGCUAUCAACCCUUCUACAGCCGCCCGACUCCAGCGAUUGCCUACACCCCCCCGCAGUCCAGGUUUGGCCCCUUUAGGCAGACAGCUGACACUGAUCGAACCUCCGAUGACUAGGGGCAUUCGUUUUUUGAUCCUCGAUUGCCCUACCGACUCAACCCUUCCCUUCUACUUGAGCGAGCUGAAGCGCAACAACGUUACUGACGUUGUCCGCUGCUGCGAGCCUACAUACCGUGCAGAGACACUUCAGAACGAGGGCAUCACUGUCCAUGACUGGCCUUUCCGUGAUGGAGCUGUGCCUCCAACUAAUAUCAUCAAGAACUGGUUGCAGUUAGUAGACAGCCGCAUUAUUAGGCGUCGUAGUCCUUCACCCUCUGCCAGCGAGGAGGAAGAGGAUGCCUCUGCUCCUGCUCCUCCAACCAUUGCUGUUCACUGCGUUGCAGGACUUGGACGUGCGCCUAUUUUAGUAGCCAUUGCCAUGAUUGAAUUGGGUAUGGCAAACCUGGAUACAGUGGAAUUUAUUCGCCGUCGUCGUCGAGGUUGCUUUAACAGCAACCAAAUCCAAUACAUUGAUGGAUACAAGCGAGGAAAGAUUCUGAAGCAUGCGCUUGGCAGCGGUUCAGGAAGCAACGGCUCGGGUUCAGGUAACGGCUCGGGAGCUAGUGGACUGAAGAGCGGACUGAGCAAGAUGUUCCGGCUCAAGGCUUGACUCUGCGUAGUUAAAUCCUUGGCCAAGAUAUACUGGAUGAGCGAACAGGGGGCAAGGAAAAAGGGGCGAGUUAGUAUGGUGUACAAGACUAUGGGGUAUGAGCAAUCAAAGAAGCAGCAAAUAAAGACGAGAAAAUUAUUAAUGACGAGGAGCAGAAAAAUAUCAGUACCAGGAUCAGGAAUGUUGAAGAUAAACCAUAGAUGUUUUGCGGGGACAAAUGCUUUCGAUCGGAUUGGAAUGGAGGUCAUGAGAUUGGUGGCAACUACGGAUGAAGAAAAGGCAGUUCGGCAAGAUCAUAAUCAUUAUCGACGGCGACUCUGUCAACAGGUUCGAGCUAACGAAAUGCCAAUGAUCCGAAAGGAAGCCAUUUGUGACCGAGGCCGAGGAGUAGGAGUCUUUCUAUUGACACAUGGCUAUUAUUAAACAGGCAUUUAGUUUAGCUUUUUUAUUUUUUUUUUUUUGUU